AUGGAGAACCAGAAACCGAAGGAUACAAUAACAUGCAAGAAAAUGGCAUGGACUAUAACAAACUUCAGUUCAUUCAUCUUCAAUGUCCCACGCUAUUCUGAGGUUUUCACGGUCGGUCAUUGUGCUUGGAGACUUAUUGCAUACAGAGGAAAAAAAGACAGCAGCUCGUCAAUAGGCAUACAUUUGGAAGCAGCCGAUGCUUCGAGUUGGCCUCAGGGGGCGAGUGUACUCGCAGCCUUCAGCAUAACUGUGGUCAAUCAACUUUCCCGGAAAAAAUCUGUGACACGCGGAGUUGCAGAAGUAGAUGUACAAUGCAAGUUCCGUGCAAAUAAAUGUGAUUGGGGUUACCCUCGUUUUAUGGCCCUGAGUGAACUUGAGGAGCCAUACAAGGGAUAUAUGUUGAAUGAUAAAUGUAUUGUUGAAGUUGAAUUAUUCUCCGUGACAUCUGAAGGCAUUGAACCUCUAAAAGAUGGUGAUGUCGUUGAUUUCAAGGACUUGGGAAAAAUAGACAAAUCGUUGGUUCCACUCCUAGAGGAGGUUUGUUUGAGGCAUCUCUCGUUGCUAGAUUGUAUGAAGAAUAAAAGUCGCAGGUUUACUGAAUGUGCAUUUACUGCAUUGGGUCGAGUUCUGCAAUUUUUGAAGGACAAGAGGUGGAAAGAAAUGAAUGACAAGGAAGCAUCUGAGCAGCUUCAACAAUUGUGGGAGGAGCUCGAGAUGAUCAGAUUAGACUUGAGUUGGCUAGAGCCUCUUGUAAAGUCUGCUUUAAAUAUGAAGGGAUAUGAUGAGAAGGGGGAGAAAAUAAAGAAGUUGAAGCAAAACUUGGUGGUUGCUGAGACCGAAAUGAACAUAAUAAAAGAAAAGUUGGCUAGCACAGAGCAAAGUGUUCAGGUGACAAGAAAAGAAUUGAGGAAUGCAGAGGAAGACUUUGAGGAGAAGGAUUUGGAUGUAGAAAUUGAAUAUGAAAGACCUUAA